CCUGUAGCCAUUAUUGUACUUUUUUACUUUCUUAAGCAAAGCCCAUGUACAGAAGCAGCGCAAGCCAGUCGGAUGUAAUCACUCAUCAGUGAUUAUCAGAACGACAAAUCCGUUGAGAUCUUUUCUUCUUCGUCACUGCCCUCACUCUUCAAUUCCCCGGAAACACAUUACUCUCUCUCAGACACAUAAAUUGCUACCCGCCGACCUCCUUUUCUCCGGCGACUUUCAGGUGACGCAUUCCGCCGACUUAAGCUCUACUUCUUUCCCUCUGCCGACAUAGGUGCUCGUUUUUUUGCAACUCACAAUUAGCUAGAUUAUUUGUUUUUAAAGCUGGUGGUAGGAAUUGAGGAACUCUCUCUAAAUGCAUGUGACAAUAUAAUUUGUGAAUCAAUCACCUGUGAGGAAAACAUAGGGUUUAUGUCCUGAGAAUUGCCUAUAUAUAUAUAUAUUCUGCAAGACAAUGACUGCGCGUGUAAGGAACCUGUAUGGGAGGUCACAUUUUGAAGAUACAGAUUAUCUGUCCUACUUAGAAAUCAAAUACAGCAGCCCUGAAAGAGGAAGAAGCCCUGAAAGGAGUGACAGUCGUCCUGUUGACGAUGACAAUGAUGAUUUUGACCCUCAGUAUGUCAUGUUUUUAAAUAACACUAAACAGAAAGGAAUCAAUUCAUACCUGACCACACUUGAAGAGAACGGAUUAGUCACAUUUAUUGACUAUGAGAAGGAAGGGAGUUCUAGCGAUGAGUGGGAUGAAAAUGGUAAUCUGUCAAGCAAAGUGAAGAACAGGAAGCAUGAUUCAGAAGGUUCCAAGUUUGAGGAGGAGAUCACGAUCGACGGAGAUUACGGAGAUCAUAAGCGUUAUUUAGAAAAAGGAAACAAUUCAUAUGUGUCUACACUUGAGGAGAACGGAUUACUCACGUUUAUUGACUAUGAGAAGGAAGGGAGUUCUAGCGAUGAGUCGGAUGAAAAUAAUAAUCUCUCAAGCAAAGUGAAGAACAGGAAGCAUGAUUCAGAAGGUUUCAAGUUUGAGGAGGAGAUCACGAUCGACGGAGAUUACAAGCGUUAUUUAAAUAUCAGAUAUGGCAGUCAUCAAGAAGGCGAUGCUGAAAGGGGAUAUAAUUCAGACCAUAAUAAACAUGAUGCAAAUGGCAAUACAGAUUAUGACCCUGACUAUGUCCUGUUUUUAAAAAGCACUAAAGAAAAAGGAAACAAUUCAUACGUGACCACACUUGAAGAGAACGGAUUACUCACGUUUAUUGACUAUGAGAAGGAAGGGAGUUCUAGCGAUGAGUGGGACGAAAAUAAUAGUCUCUCAAGCACAGUGAAGAACAGGGAGUAUGAUUCAGAAGGUUCCAAGUUUGAGGAGGUCAUGAUCGACGGAGAUUACAAGCGUUAUUUAGAAAUCAGAUAUGGCAGUCAUCAAGAAGGUGAUGCUGAAAGGGGAUAUAAUCCAGACCAUAAUAAAGAUGACGCAAAUGGCAAUAAAGAUUAUGACCCUGACUAUGUGAUGUUUUUGAAUAGUAUUAAAUGUGAUGGGGUGUCUUAUGCGACUGCAUUUGAAGCUAAUGGAGUGCGCACGUUCAUAAACUAUGAAAAAGAAGGGAACUGCAGCGCUGAUCGAAAUGACGAUCUCACGUGUGCACUGAAGAAGGGGAGGAAAGGAGAUAAAGUAGAAGGAAACUAUUGGAAGAAUGUGAAGGGGAAAAUGUCAAAUGGUGUGAAGAAGGGUGGCCUGGGAAGUUCUGAUGUUCCAAACACCAAGGAGGAUGAAAUGGUCCAACCAUUUACUCCCCUUCCUAAGGGAGAAAGAGCUAUUCAUAAGAACCAACAGAGGCGUAUUACCCGGAGCAACUCAAUCAAAAUACAGAAAACUUCACAAACCAUACCUGAAGAAAAUUAUGUAGAUAAAGAUUAUGCUCUUCUCCUGCAAGCUAUGAAACUGCACUGUGAAGGGAAUGCAUCGAAGACUGUGUCUCCAAAUAAACAUGCUGUUGAAAAUGAUUAUGAUGAUUCUGGGGAUGAUGAGGUUGUUGAAAUAGAUUAUUCCAAGUUCUCUAAUGCAGGAAGAUCUCAUCCAUUUUCCCCUCAAGUGCAUUACUGUGAGGCAGGAAACGCAUUUGAGCCUGUGUACAAAGACGAGGACUCUGAAUUUAGACAGAAGGUCAUCACUUUCCUCAAGAGACCCUUUGACCAAACGGAAUAUGAAAAGCUUUUGCAUGACGUCAAAGUCCAAAAACCAGUGGAAAGAAAUUUGGAGUUACGGCAUGGGAGAGAUAAGUAUUGCCCGUUAGAUAGGAAUGGAAAAUCUUAUCUUGACUAUUUUGAAGAUUUCAACAACAAAUUUGAACAAGCAAGCUCUAACAAAUAUAAAACGUUGAACAUCUUGCGCGGGUUUUUCUUUUGGCUACAGAAUAUUACUCAGGAAGGAGCAUUCAAGCCUUGGAACGAUCCCACAUGUCUUGCCGUUAUUCCUGGAUUUGGCUAGAUGUUUCACCCUUAACGUAUAAAUAUUUGCGAGGAAAAUGUCGAGUGGCCUUGAAACUGCAAAAGGCUAUUCCUUGUUAUCCCACGCUCCUGUAGUCUUGUGUAUCUGUAAAAAAAGCAAUAAAACUAAUAUGGCCCAAAUCGGUGUUGAUAAGCAUUUGCAGCUAUUUCAUCCAUCGUGUUUGGCUUUUUGUUAAGGAAUUUUAUCAAUUCGGUCGGACAAAUAUGGACCAACACUUGGUAUCAACAAAUUUAAGUAAUAAUAAUAUAUAUAUUGCUACGUAAUAAGUACGGAGUAUUAUUAUAUAAAAUAUAAAUUAACUAUUU